CCCUGCAUUGCAUUGCACUGCCCUGUACUGCACUGACCCUGCAUUGCACUGGCCCUGCAUUGCACUGACCCUGCAUUGCACUGGCCCUGCAUGCUCUGCUCUGCGGCAACUGGGUGUGCGGGCGGGGCCGGCGAGCACUCGGAAGCCGGAAGUGUUGCAGUUCCCCGAGAGUGCGGAUCGGGCGGCGCCGGACACCAGAAGCUGUGGAAUAUUGACUAGGCAUCUUAGGCUUUCCGUCCAACCAUCCAGAAUGUCUUACCCUGGCUAUCCAGCCUAUCCUCAAUCAGACGGGCAGUCUGCGUAUCCCCAAGCUGGUGGUGGGCAGUACCCCUACCCCGGCGGAGCUGGCGCGGCCUACCCAGCGGCUGGAGGCACUGUCUACCCGCCAGGAGCAGGUGGAGCCUACCCACCUGCGGCAGGUGGGGCCUACCCUGCAGCCGGUGGUGGGGCCUACCCUGCAGCCGGUGGUGGGGGCUACCCCCAGGCACCAGGAGGGGGCUACCCCCAGGCACCAGGAGGGGGCUACCCCCAGGCACCAGGAGGGGGCUACCCCCAGGCACCAGGAGGAGGUUACCCACAGGCACCAGGAGGGGGUUACCCCCAGGCACCAGGUGGGGGAUACCCCCAGGCACCAGGUGGGGGUUAUCCCCAGGCACCAGGUGGGGGUUAUCCCCAGGCACCAGGAGGGGGUUACCCCCAGGGUGCUGGGGGUACGUAUCCAGCAGCGUCUUCAGGUGGAUACCCUGCACCUCCAGGUAACCAGCCCGGAUGGGGGACUGGUGGAUCGGGAUAUCCCUCCUAUCCUGCAGGUCCGGGGGGUGCUGCCCCUGCCCCUGCCCCUGGCUAUGGAGCUCCUGGCUAUGGAGGAUGUCCUCAGCCUGCUGGCCAAAGCUACUCGGGAGGUGGUUCCCCAGCUUCAGGUGGGUAUCCGUCUGGACCAAUGCCUGGUGCAGGAGGUGUUCCAACUGGCCCAAACCCAACUCCUUCGCAGCCUUCAAUGCCAAACAUAGGAGGCUUGUCAAUUGGAGGUGGGACGCAGGGCACCAUCAAACCAGUUGCCAACUUCAACCCGCAGAGUGAUGCUGAAAUUCUGCGACAAGCCAUGAAGGGAGCUGGGACCAAUGAGCAAGCAAUAAUCGACGUGGUCGCCAAUCGCUCCAAUGACCAAAGACAGAAGAUUAAGUUAGCAUUCAAGACCUUGUAUGGCAAAGAUUUGAUCAAAGACCUGAAAUCAGAACUCAGUGGAAACAUGGAGGAAAUCAUUAUCGCCCUGUUCAAGCCCACCACCUACUAUGAUGCUUGGAGUCUGAGGAAGGCGAUGGAGGGAGCUGGAACACAAGAUCGGGUGCUCAUCGAAAUUCUCUGUACCAGGAACAAUCAGGAGAUCAGGGAGAUUGUACGCUGUUAUAAGGAGGAGCUAGGAAGAGAUUUGGAGAAGGAUUUGAAGAAAGACACCAGUGGGCAUUUCAAGAGGUUGCUUAUCUCGAUGUCACAGGGCAACCGUGAUGAGACCCAGACGGUGGACAUGCAGAAAGCGACGGCAGAUGCAGAGAGGCUGUUCCGUGCCGGGGAAGGGAAGCUGGGCACCGACGAGUCCACCUUCAACAUGAUUCUGGCAACCCGAAGCUUCCCCCAGCUCAAGGCGACCAUUCAAGAGUACGGGAGGCUGGCCAACCGUGAGCUGCUGAAGGCCAUUGACCGGGAGUUCUCAGGAGAUGUCUGUGACGGGAUGCAGGCCAUUGUGCAAUGUGUCGUCAACCGUCCUGCCUUCUUUGCUGAAAAACUCUACAAGUCCAUGAAGGGACUGGGGACCAGUGACUCCACUCUCAUCCGAGUCAUUGUCACUCGCAGUGAGGUUGACCUUGUCCAGAUCAAGCAGGCGUUUUGGGAGAAGUACCAGAAGAGUUUGCGUAUGAUGGUGGAGAGUGACACCAGCGGAGACUACAAGCGCAUGCUCCUGGCCAUCAUCGGGAACUAAACAUCAAACACAAGAGCUCCUGUGUGCCUAGUUAAUGAAGUCCACCUUGAAUCCAUUACUUGAAGGAGAAUGAGACAAUAUCCCUUUUCACCAUCGUACACAGUAUAAAUUUAUACUGGAGUUAAAAAUCCCAACUAGACAAAGUGAUUUAUUUUGCCCCACCAGGAAGUGGAUCUGACAGAGAUUGGCAGCCCUGACGCACCAGCUGCCAAUGGUCACUUCUGUUAAUGCAGGAAAAAGAUCUUCUUUUGAAAUAGGUUCGUGGGUUGCAGCUUGGAAUUUAUCAGGAAGAUAUUCCAGUUUCCUGUCUCAGCCCAAUGGAAGUUGAUCAGGCAGCAACCGCUGAGUAAUGAUUGUGCCUUUAAGUAAAUAAUUCACUGAUCAGUUCAAUGAUUCAAUGGUUUUAGUUGAUUGUGCUAAAGCUCACAUUCUGUCCCACAAACUGUCCGUCACUGAAGAGGUUAAUCUGGAUUUUAAUAUUCUGAAUCUGCAGAAUUCCCCUCCCUCAUUUUGUACUGUCCCGUCCUAGACACUAACAGUUCUCAGUACUUUCUCCAUCAAUGCAGAUCUCACACAAGGAAAGGUUUUCUACUUUUGCCCAGUCCAAUCAGUGCAUGAUGUUAAUAGUGAGAUUUUUUUUAUGGUCCUUGUGAGAAGAAAUAUUGUCUGGUCUCUGUAGAGUCACAAUGUUUUUAAGUUGGGAUAUUCUGCCCCAGGAGUCCAUUGAUAUUUUUUUUGUUUAAAGUCACUGCAUAGUUGCCUUGAAACCUGUGUGUCCUGAAAAUCUGAAUGUUGAAAGAUUGCAGCUGUUCUCACUGAAAUACUUAAUGCCUGACGUGUGUGUGUGUUCCCUCUAAGGGGAUUACAGUGUGAUCUCACUGGUCUGGGAAGAAGGCGAACUCCUUAUGUGGAAAGGUUCCUUUCACUCUAGCUCCCCAAACCAUCCCAGUGAGAUUAUGCAUAACAGUGAGAACUGCUCACGCUUUGCCAAAGUCUCUCCAAGGAAACGUUCCCUACCACCCCCAGAGUAUCCAAUCCACUGCUUUAUGCUGCACACACAUCCUGCAACGUGACAUCACUUUAAGUAUAUCUAAAGCCAUAUAUUCCUCUGCUAAACUAUAGCCAGUAUAUUCAGUGCCUGCUUCAUUCCUUGUAAAGGAAAUGCAAAUUAAAUGUUUAUAUUUGUAGUAUAGAAUAUAAGAAUGAUAAACUUUGUCUCUGCACUUUGGUUGUUACUACAGCUGCAUCCUUUUUAGUGAAAUAAGCUCAGAUCGUUGUUUGCUAGAGCUGAUUAACAAAUUUGCCAUGAAUUAAUAAUUUUCUUUCAACUGAUUAAUAUUUAUGAAUUUCCAUAACUCACUUGUGACGUUUCUGGCCCUCGUUUUACAGAGUUUUAAUUCUUCCAUUUAUUGACUGUCUUGUAAUCCCCACCCCCACAGCUUGAGUUGUUACCUCCAGUAGUAAAACUUCACAGAUCGGCAGUCAAUCUUCCACCUGAACCCUUCCGAAACCUGGUCAACAGCUCUGGGCUCAGCUGACUGCCCUGGGAAGUCCCAGUGAUCCAAAUUGGAAAUGGAUAUUCUGUGCGAGGCCCUGAGCUCUGUCCCAGGUAGUGAAGAUCAUAGAAGAAACUCGCCUGCAAAGCCUGCUUUAAUCAGCAAACACAACUCACUGACAGUGAGAACAAACUCUUCUGUACUUAUGCAAAGGGCUGGAACAGCCAGGAGAACUUUGGGCUGCUCCGUAUACAGCAGACUGCUCUCUGCUGGGCUAUCCUGUUCACUAUAAAGAAAGCAGAGCUGUUCACUGUACCCCCACCCCAACCCCAGGAAAUGUCCUUGGAGCUCAGGGUUGUUUUCCAGUGACCUCCACUGGAAAAGCACAUGGACGUUAGGCAAGGCCAGUGCUUGGCUGGGAAGUGAUGCAGUCCGUGGUAGAAGUGUAUACAAUCAAUGUUAAGAAAUUAAGCCCACAUUCCUGAACCUAGAUGUUGAAACUACAGCUUUCAGCAGCCCUGAACUGCAAGCCUUGUUAAAUAUGUACAAUGCAUCAUCUCAAUUUAUCAUUGUCCAAAUUUAUUGAAUUGUUGACCUACUAUUUUAUAAUUACGUACUGACAUUGACAGUGACAACUAUGCAUGUUUAGAAAAAACUCAAUAUUGGUAAAAAAAAAUGGAAUAUUGUAAAUGGUGCAGUAAUGAGAAACACAAAGAACUUCUGUGGUUUCUGUAGGUUGUUUCUUGGUGGGUUUUGCCAAUAAUUACACAUAAAAUAAAAAUAUAACAUUUCAAAA